UGUUUACGUCAUUUACGCAUCGGAACAACGUCAAUUUUGUUUGCUGUGAGGUAUGAUCGCAUCGUUUAUAAAUGCCUGCGCUGUAAGCGCCGGAAAACAAGGAGCAAAGGAAUACGGCGAGUCUAUUCUCGAGACACCGAUUGCAGUGCUCUUGUCAAUGUUGCUCUGGAUGGCCGUAAGCUAAAGGUGCUAACGUUCCAGCUCUCACACAACCAUCCAUGCAACCGGUUUCUUUUCGAAAGGCACCCUCUUAACCGGCGACUUACUGAAGAGGAAUGCAAUCAAGCUGCUGACUUAUUUCGAUACAACACCCCUACGUGCGACAUAAAGCAGUACAUCGAGAAUGCAUUCGGGAAACACGUCACAAGAGACGACGUCCGUAAUGUAAGCCGCAGGUUGCGUUCGCCCGUGUCAUGCCCUGCAGAGCGUGGAACAGGAUGGUUUCGUGGA